UAUAGGAAUACAUUGUGUGUGUGUUAGAAUAUAGAUUUAACUCUUAUGGCUAAUGAAAAGGGAUAUCUUUUCAUCAUUAACAAAUCUUGUAAGGAUUCUUUUCACUCAUAAACUUCAUUACACAUUGAGUCACUGGAUUGUCCAUUAACCAGGCUAGAAAUUUAGUUGUUGAUGGGAUAUUUCAUUUAAGCAAGGAUGAUUUACAAACAGAGGUUUAAGAUCAUUGAAGUAUUUUCGGAAAAAUUGAAAGCUGAUAUUGUGAUGGUAUUUUUGGCUAAGACAUUUUGUUUUCAUUGAAAAAGUAUUGUGAAAUAAUUUGAGAUUUUGUAAUAUGACACUCUGAUUCUUUUCAUUUAAAUAUUGUUUUCAAGGUUUAAAAGUGAGCCGUUUUGUGGGUUAGAAUUAAAGUUUUAAGGAGCAUUCAUAGUGUUAUAUAUUUAAGCAGCUGAUUGUUUCUGCCUUGGGAAAGGAAACUUGGCCUUGAUGGUUGUAGUGAUACUUGAUUGAAUUUAAACAAAGCUGAGUGGAUGGAUAUACAGCCAGGGUUAUACAGCCAGAAUUGUUUUCCUUCAGUGAUAAUUCAACUCUCUCAUGUGAAAAACAGCCAACAUAAAAACAGAUACAUGAAGUACAGGAAUUGUUUGAUGUAAUUGAGUGGAAAAUAGUAAAGAAUUUACAGAGACUUUCUGACAUUUGUGAAAUAGUAUGAAUUUUGUGAAUCUUAUCUGUACAUGUAUAAAAUGAACACUUUGAAAACAGUGUAAUUGUUAGAUAUUUAUAACUGAAAAAAGUGAAGAAAUAACAGAUUUAUUCUGAGAAUUUUGAAUUUCUAUCAAAGUGUUGGAUUUAUAAAAGAUAGCAAUAGUGUUGGAUUUAUAAAAGAUAGCAAAUUAUCUGAUAUAACAAAUGGUAUCAUUUUAUUACCGGAUAUUGUAUCAUAGACUGUAUAAGGUCAAUACUUAAAAAAUGCGUCAUUGUACUGGGAAAUUAAAUGCGGUACAUAUUUAGAAACACUCCUCAAUACUAACACGUGUUUGUAGAUUAUUUAUGAUAAAACAUUGUGACUGUCUUAUCUUUGUGUUCUAUUUUUCCUAAGUUGCGGCUGUGCAUAUUGAUUGGAAAGAAAAGUCAACAAUACAGACAGUUGAAUGUUCUAUAUAUAAAAAACAGUUGGUAUAUAGAUACAAAGUCAAGUACAGCAUUAGACUAAAAUGUAUGCAGAGAGCAGUGCUCUAUUGAAAUGACAAUUCAUUAAUGAUUUUAGGACUGGAAAUUGCUGACACUGGCAUACAGAAUAAUUUCCGAGGAUUAAUUAUUCCGCUUGUUGAAGCAAAUAAUGAAUUAAGUCACAAGAUUGAUUAUUGCGAGAUAAUCAUAAUCAUAACUGCUCUCAAUGUUAUAGUGUACCUCUCAUUCAUUCACAGAGUAGAUCUAGGUUAGAUCUCACGGGAUGUAAAUACGAAAUUGAAGCUAAACGGAGAAGAUGAACUUUGAAAUGUAUAAAAAACAUAAUAAUGUGUGGGAACAGGCGUGAAUAGGAAGUUAAAAAUACUUGUUAAGGGAGUUUUCGAUCGAAGUGAAGUGUUGCGUGUGUGUAUAUUAUGGAGGACAUAUUGAAUGGAGAUUUUCUUUUUAUAGACGAACAUUGUCUGCACGAGUUUGAACACACUUAUCACCGCAAUGUUGAGGGACAGACAAUCCGGGUGGGGAUCUGCGCCAUGGAGAAGAAGGCUAAAUCCAAGCCCAUGAAGGAGAUACUCACACGUCUCGGCAGAUUUGAACACCUUCAGCUGGAAGUAUUUGAAGAGGAUACCAUAAAAAAAAAGCCGGUGUCAGAGUGGCCCGUUGUUGACGCAUUUAUAGCAUUCUUCUCCACUGGAUUUCCGUUAGAGAAGGCGAUUGAAUACAAGAACCUCAAUAAACCAUAUGUCGUCAAUGAUCUCGAAGCCCAGUAUUCACUUAAAGACAGACGAGAAGUGUACAAGAUCCUAGUCCGUGAAGGGAUAGCCCAUCCCAGAUACUCAGUCCUCAAUCGAGACGAAGAAGAAAAAGGUGAGUUUGAAGAAAAUGAUGACGCAAUAGAAGUGAAUGGCGUCAGUUUCCAGCGUCCCUUUGUGGAGAAGCCGGUGGACGCGGAGGACCAUAAUAUAUACAUCUACUUUCCGACGUCUGCAGGCGGCGGGUGCCAGCGCCUCUUCAGGAAGGUCAGACAUUGGAGUCCACUGUUCAAGAAUUUUAUUGGCUCCCGUAGCAGUAUGUACUACUCGAUGGGCCAGGUCCGCAAGUCCGGAUCCUUUAUAUAUGAGGACUUCAUGCCAACAGACGGAACUGAUGUCAAGGUGUACACAGUGGGUCCGGACUACGCCCAUGCAGAGGCUCGUAAAUCCCCAGCCCUCGAUGGGAAAGUUGAGAGGGAUAAGGACGGGAAGGAGGUGCGCUUUCCAGUCAUCCUCUCUGCCGAGGAGAAAAUGAUUGCCAGGAAGGUCUGCCUCGCUUUCAAGCAAAAUGUGUGUGGGUUUGACUUGUUGAGGACCGGAGGCAAGUCGUAUGUCUGUGAUGUGAAUGGAUUCAGCUUUGUGAAAAACUCCACCAAAUACUACGAUGACUGCGCAAAUGUUCUAGGGACAAUGAUCGUACGAGCAUUGGCUCCCCAGUUGCAUAUUCAGAAUGUGGCCCUUGUAUUAGGCGCAGCGCCAGAAGAUAUCCCCGUGGUACCAACUACGUCUGGCUCCAUGAUGGAGCUACGCUGUGUGAUAGCUGUGAUCAGACACGGUGACAGGACGCCCAAACAGAAGAUGAAGAUGGAAGUCAAACACAUGAAGUUCUUUGAGUUGUUUAAAAAGUACAAUGGGUACAAGAAGGGCCAUCUGAAACUGAAGAAGCCCAAACAGCUACAGGAGGUCCUGGACAUCGCCCGUGACCUGCUGUGUGAGAGUAAAGCUGACACAAACCCAGAGGUUCUGGAGAAAAAGGCAAAACUCCGCCAACUUAAGCUUGUCCUGGAAAUGUAUGGCCAUUUUUCUGGCAUAAAUCGUAAAGUUCAGCUGAAAUACCAGCCAAACGGGGCGCCCAAAAAGUCGUCGAGCGAAGAAGGUGUGAUGAGUUCAGACGGCGAUAAGUAUUAUAGUGACCACUGCACCCAUGAAAUUCCUAAGGAGCCAUCCCUGGUGUUGAUACUGAAAUGGGGUGGGGAGUUGACCCCUGCGGGGAAAUACCAGGCAGAAGACCUUGGGAAAGCCUUCCGGACGCUCUAUCCUGGGGGACAAGGUGAAUUUGAGACUCCUGGCCUGGGUUUUCUUCGGCUUCACAGUACCUUUCGACACGACCUAAAGAUCUAUGCCUCCGAUGAGGGACGGGUACAGAUGACAGCAGCAGCGUUUACUAAGGGUUUGUUGGCACUUGAGGGUGAGCUGCCCCCGAUCUUGGUCUCUAUGGUGAAGAGCGCAAACACAAACGGACUGCUGGACAAGGAGGGAGAGACAUCCAAGUACCAGCACAUAGUGAAGGAAAAACUGAUGGAAAUUUUGAACCAAGACAAGGAAUUUGAUGACGAGGAUGCACAAAAGCUUGCCCCGACACAGACGGCAUCACUACAGGCUGCAAUGCAGUUUAUCAAGAACCCGAAAAAGAUGAACGACCUUGUACACGAAAUGGUGCAUGAAAUCACCGCCAAGAUCAAGGAUCUAAAGAGAGAACUUAAGUCGAGAGACCUGAAGCUGUACCAUGGAGAGUCAUGGGAGCUGCUCAUCCGGCGCUGGGCAAAGCUGGAGAAAGACUUCAAGCUGAAGACAGGCAUGUACGAUAUCAGUAAGAUACCCGAUAUCUAUGACUGUAUCAAGUAUGACCUACAACACAACCAGAAGACCCUGCAGUUUGCCCGGGCGGAGGAACUCUUUCGGGUGUCCAAGGCUCUUGCAGAUAUUGUUAUACCACAGGAGUAUGGUAUCACCGUUGAGGAGAAACUUCACAUCUCCCAGUCCAUCUGUACGCCGUUGAUGAGAAAAUUACUGAACGAUCUUCAAUCUGGAUGCCAGGGUUCAGAUGAGGAAAGCACUCGACUCAACUCCAAAUACUCCAAAGGUGUGUCUUCCCCAGAGAGGUUUGUGAGGACGCGGCUGUACUUCACCAGCGAGAGCCAUAUCCACAGCCUGCUCAACAUGUUGAGACAUGGAGGCCUCUGUGAUGAGCUGAACGAUGAGCAAUGGAAAAAGGCCAUGGACUUCCUCAGCACGACGCCAGAACUCAACUACAUGACCCAGAUCAACAUCAUGAUGUUUGAAGACCCUUCCAAGGACCCGGCGUCCCCUGAGAAAUAUCAUGUGGAGCUGCACUUUAGUCCUGGGGCGUACACCAGCAGUGACAAGAACGUUGUGAACCCGGUCAGCUCUGGAUACAGGACCUCUUUUCUUGUAAGACAGGGAAAGAAGGGCAAAAACAAGGACACUAUAACGGAAGAAAGCCUUGGCGAGGAAUCAUUUGACACCACGCCAGAUACAUCCAAACCUGAGAUCGGGGCAGAUAAAGAUGGCAGUCCCAAAUCAGCAGAGCAAGAUUCGAAGCCAGUAUCAGAUGACAGUGUAAUAUUAGAAGAAAAGACUGACACUGUUAGUGCUGAAAGAACUGAAACAGGUGUUCUGGACAAGAUUGAAACUAAUUCAAAAGAUUCAAGAGAAGAAAUUGCUGACAAGUCUGCUAAAAUGGUCGAAGCUGGUCAGCUAGAUCAGAAAAAAGAAACUGCUGAUCCAUCUAACAGUGAAAUAAACACAGACACUGGUAUUACUGUCAAGGUAAACGAUAAACAGGUGGAUGUCGUACAAACUAGAAAAUUUGAUGUGAAAACUGUUGACAUUGCCAGUGCUAGAGACAUUGGAAUUAGUUCCUCUGAUUUAGAGGUUAAAAACCUUUGUGAGGAUGCUCCUAAAAAGGUUCGAGAAGACACAGAAAAGAAAGCUUUUAAAGUAAUUGCUUCAACCAGUGCUAAACAUCGAAAAUUUGAAGGCGGAAAGGAUUUAGAUAGUUCUACACAUGAUGAUGUGAUAUUUGAACCUCUUUUUGAUGACGAAGAAGCAAAGACAAUCACAAAUGAGAAAGAUAUGGAAAAACAGGGUAAGAAAGUGCCAAAGCCACUUUCCCCCAACCCAGAUAUUCCUGAGUGGGACUGGGACGAUCCCAUUGGUCACCCGACACCUAAGACAAGCCAAUCACAUGACACGACCCUGAAGUCUGACGGUGGAGGUCUGAAGCCCCAGGAAGCCCCACACCUGACAGGAGCCCGCAGUGACGCUUGUGUCUCUAAACCCAUAUCUAUUGACCUGUCUGGCAAGCCUGCAACACAGUCCAGGAGCGCUGGCAAUACUGUCUCCAGCUACGAGGAAACAAGAAGCAAAAGUCUGGAAGAAAAGGAAAAACAGAGCUCUCUGGGCUGUUCAAAUACUCUUCGGCCUACCUACCGUUACCCCUAUCGUUAUUCAUUGUCCGAUGUUUUUGCUUCGUUUGGUGACAAUGAACAAAUAACAAUUCUGGAGAAGCACUACUGUACCAUUCACCUGCCAAUCAAGGAUAACUACCACUCCUUCUCUAGUCUUCUAUACCUCAACCCUGAGGCCUUCAAGGAAGCUUUACCUGUUGUAGAGGAAAGUUCAGAUCCUGCAUAUCAGCCCCGGAAAGUGUUCAGGAUGAUCUCGUACAGUUCCCCCUCACUGUCAGAAAUGCAUGCUGAUUGGUCAGCCAGAAGAGCAGGAAGUCAACACCAGAACAGUCACAUGACCUCCGCGUUUGAUGGUUUCAACAUGGUGCCAUCUCUCAAACCCUUAGAGACCCUACAUAACAACCUCACGAUGCGUGACCUAGAUGCGUUCCUUAGUCGGGCUACCACCACAAAAUUCUUCACCCCAGCCUCCUCUCCCAUGGUGGGGGUGACACCUUUGGUUUCACCUCGAUGUCCAGAGUUUGCCAAAGCAAAGUCCAUAAGUGGACCCAGUCUACCCUCCUCAUGCAGUUCCAGCGCUGGGCCUUCCUCCCCGACAUCAGCAUCAACACCAGUAGAUUUCAUGAAUAAAGUCAAAAUGUUCAUUGACACAUCAAAACCUGAACAAACUGACAAUGACAAUGCAUAUUCUGAACAGUCCCAGUCAUCAGCCAAUCAAAAAUCAGAUCCUAGUCAGCUGACAUCUAGUCAGCCAAUCAAAGCUGUCGCAAGACCACAGCCAUUGGCUGAAUCUAGUCAGGUGACUUCUGGAACUUCACCAAAUACAGGAAGUCAACAAAGUUCCCAGACUGAUUCACCUAGACUUUCUGAAAACUGUGCAUCUGCAAGCAGCAAUACCACUCACCAGUCAGCAUUUAAAGUUGUAACUAGGUCAAACAGUCAGAGAAAUACUAUGUUCUAUGUUUCUCAAGUUCCUGAAGAUAGCUUGAAAUCAAGUAAAGGCGCAGAUGCAGGGUCAAAAAAUACCUCAGAGGCUGUUGAUUGUAAAACAACAGCACCUGACAAAUCUUGAUUAAAGAUCAAGUAUUUAGAGAACCGGUGACUGUUUUAUCUUAUUGAUGUGUCAUCAAAUGACAUGACUGUUUUCUGUAUUAAUACUGUGAUAUGCUUUAUGUAUAUUUGCUCAUAUAUUGUCUGAUAGUGGUAUUAAAAGCUUACAGUUUUAUCAAUUUGUAUACCAAAUAAUUGUGAUACAUUUUAUGAACAUUUGUGUUGUUUAUUGUUAACAUGUAUUUAACCCAAAUUGAGACAUCGAAAGGUUGUAGUUUGUGAAUGAUAUAUAUUACUCUGCAGUUUGGGAGUUAGAGACUGUUUUGUUAAAAAUUCACUUGCAGUGGGUUAGAUAAAGUCUUGCCAAUGUAUCAACAUUUCCCAUUUACUUAAAGGCCAUACCAUUUGUUCAUUUUUGUUGUUUCUGUAUCAAUGUUUAACCUGAUAAAAAGUUCGACUAAAAA